AUGUCUGAUGACAACGACUUGACUCUCACGCUUCAUACCUUCAACGGCGAUGAGGAUGACAGCAACGAUGAAAUGGAUUGGGAGGAGGUUGAGGUUCCUGAGCAAGCGCCCCAAGAACAACAAGCGCUGAUGCAGAUUGUCCUAAGGCCCGAUAACGCAGCUGAAGUGCCAACCAAGAAGUCUAGUGCAAUGAGCCAUGCCGAACGAAUGCUUCGAAUAGACUGCCACAAGAUUCACACUGUACUUCUGCUCCUAAAUGCUCGAAUCCGAAAUCAGUGGUUGAAUGAUGAAUUACUUCAUGCCCGCCUUCUCUCACUUACCCCCCUCCCCCUACAAACUGCUUUCGCAAUGAUCCACUCGUCGAAAGUACCCGAAGCCGCCCUUCGGGGCCGCAUGUUCGAAAGUUCUGUCUCAAGGCUGGCUGAAUGGUGGUCUCAGGACUUUUUUGAAGUCACAGAUGAGGGUCACAUACGAAAUAUAACUUUCGAUACUAUGAAGCAAAAGUUAAUAAAGUUCGUUCCCGGAUUUGCGGAGCAAUUUGAAGAUGCUGUUGCCCCACCAGAAGCAGAAAGGGAUAAUAGUAGGUUCAGGCUCAAAUACAAGGGCAAGGGGAAGGAAAAGGAGAAACAACCUCCUUCCACAACUCCCCUCAUUGAUUCCUCAGACUUGGAUCUCCUCGAAGAUAUUCUUGACAAUUCCAUCGAAACUAUCAAGUCGCCCAAAUCGCUCAUGAAACAUGCAUUGAUGCAAUCUGGUUCACGAGACACUUCCGCCCAGUUGUUCACAGCACUGUGUCGUGCAUUGGCUAUCCCAGCGCGCUUGGUGGUUAGCUUGCAGAGUGUACCGUGGAAAGCCGCAGUUGGGAGGGAAGCCAAAAAAUACCCGAAGAAGACGAGUCAUGUAAGUAAAGGAAAAGUAGAGGUAGUGGUAAACGAAGGGAAUGCAGCUCCUGCAGUUUCGAGCCCAAUGAAAGGGGGCCAGGGACACCGGCGUGAUGACCAGCCCGUCGACAAGAAGGGGAAAGCGAAAGCGAAGGAAGAAGCGAAACCGUCAGUCAAACUUAGGAAGAGUAAAAGCAAAGGCAACGUUUUAGGUAGUGCCCAAAGUACGAGUGCGAGCAACAAACCAAAGAAGCCCAAACAUGAUGAUCCACGUAUCACGCCACCGACAUACUGGACUGAAGUCUUUUCUAAAGCCGACUCUCAAUGGAUCCCCGUUGAUCCUAUACGCGGAUUCGUUAAUAAACGGCAUGUAUUUGACCCUUCCCCGUCUUCAAACUCUUCAUCUUCGUCCUCGUCGGGUGACAAUCGCCUUGUAUAUGUCCUCGCGUUCGAAGAAGACGGUUACGCGAGAGAUGUUACAAGGAGGUAUGCGAGGGAGUUUGGUGCUAAAGUUGCCAAAGUACAAGGAGGAAGUACGACAAAUACCAAUCGAGCACGAGUCCAAUGGUGGGAAGGAGUAUUAAGCCUUAUCACAAGGCCCUUUAGACUGAAUCGCGAUGACAUCGAAGACGACGAACUUGAGACGGCACAGCUCAUGGAAGGAAUGCCGACAAGUAUAAUAGGGUUCAAAGACCAUCCGUUAUACGUGCUUCCUCGACAUCUAAAGCAAAAUGAGACCAUAUACCCACCACCUGCCCCAGCAUUAGGACCAGGGUUUGAUUCCUCUAUGCCUCUGGAUCCUAGCGGUUCUCGCUCUCAUACACCUGAGUUAGGCAAGUUUCGUGGAGAGCCUGUUUACCCAAGAUCUUCUGUUGUUCCUCUGAAGACCCCAGAAAACUGGUUACGAAGUGAAGGCAGAAGUAUUAAAGAGGGGGCGGCUCCGAUGAAGUAUGUCAAACUACGAGCUAGUACUAUUGGGAGGAGGAGAGAAAUUGAGAUGAUCAAAGAAGGAAUGAAAGAUAUCCAGGAAAAAACAAAGGGGGCAAAUGGUGUCAUCGGCAUCCAUGUUGAUGAGCUCGUCGACGAAGAACGAGCAGGAACGUCAGGAAAUGCAGAUACAGGAGGUGAGAUUAUGCAAGGCCUGUAUGCCCGCAAUCAGACAGAACUCUAUGUUCCUGAUCCCGUAGUUGAUGGAAUCAUUCCCAAAAAUCAAUUUGGGAACAUUGACCUGUAUGUGAACACAAUGCUACCGAGGGGCGCAGUGCAUAUGCCUUUUAAAGGUGUCGCAAAAAUCGCUCGUAAAUUGCAGAUCGACUUUGCGGAGGCUGUAACUGGCUUCGAGUUCCGAAAGCGUAAAGCCACACCUGUGUUGGAAGGUAUCGUCGUCGCCAUAGAAAAUGAGGAGGUUGUACUUGAGGCCUUCCUAACAGCCGAACGCGAAGCUUUGGAGAAGGCUCAGCUCAAGCAAAAAGAACGAGUGCUGAAACAAUGGACAAGACUCAUCCAUGGCCUUAGAAUACGACAAAGGCUGCAAGAACAAUACGCCGAUCGUCCUGGGGGAGGGGAAGGUACGAAUAACCUAACAACACACGACAUUGCCGUGAUCGAGAGCAACAAGAAGGAACAAAACACUGUCAAUGAAUACAUCACACAAGGUGAUCAAGGGGAUCAAAAUCUUACAGGCGUUAUCUCGUGCUACGAAAAGGGCGAGAGCAUGGAGGAGCAGGAACGCCAAACUCCAGAUCAAGAUGUGCAUCAUCUUACACCCGCCGCCGCUGGGUUUAUUGUUCAAGCAGGGGACGUCGUCCAGCCCUUCAGGCUCCCAAAACUUCCAAAGCUCGAUAGCGAUUUGGUCAACUACUCUUCCUUGGGUCGAUUGCCGAACUCGAAUUCGGAGCUCGAUUUACCAUCUGAUGAUGCACUUCCUAUGCCGGAUUUCGAGACGUACGACAUCGACGUGGUCGACGACGGUGAGCUUACGCUUACAUUCAAGGAUCCCCCCACGACAAUCCCAAAGACCAUGCAUGAACUAGCUCAGGUUGCCGAAACUAUCCGGGCCCCUGACCAAGCUCCUACAGCCAGAUCCGCCUCAAGAUCUGAGACUCAUACAAGAAAUCACCCAGCACAGCCAAGUGUUCCUGCUACUGGAUCUGGAAUCGCUGUCGUUUCCCCAAGUGAAAAUGGUACGAGUCGGAGGAAAAACGGAAGGGGGAAACAAGAAGAAACAAAUAAAGCCUCUCCAGUUUCUGCACGUCGUAGAUCGGUAAGAUUGACGACGCAUAGCGAUUCGGACGAUGAUGUUUCAGAUGAGGAAGACGACAACGCUGGUCGGAUUCGUCAGAGCGUUCGAACUCCGUCAGCUCCAGGAGCAGGAGGCGAAGAAGCGGGUUUGAGACCAAGGAGAAUGAAGGAACGGGAUUCGUCUUCGACCACUCCGAUAGUAGGUAAAGGCGGCAAGAGACAAGCAAAGGUUAAAUAUGAAGUAUGUCCCCGCACUUCUGGCAUCACCUUGGAAAGGUUUAUCUUCAUUGCUGGCUCGUCACUCAAUAAACCUGCAUCUUCUCCGUCCGUACCAUCCCGUUUCCGUUUUUCUCCGUGCGAGGAAGACGAUUCAUAUCCACCCCCCGAAGCAGAUACAUUUUUUUGGCUAUUUCCUAUCAGUCACCGUGAAUCCAUCUUUACAGACAUUACGAUGUGUCAGGAAAAGACGAGGGUGGAUGGACUUGCCUGCCUCCACAACCUGACUGCCGUUUUUAAUGUUGAGAUAAGAGGUGAUGAAGGCGAUGUCGGCAAGCUCUGGGGUUGGUCGCAGGACAUGGAUGAAGCCAUUUCCUGUACGAGAGCCGACCUUCGAACCGAACGGGAUACCAACAAGAUCGGCAUGUCUGCAAGAUGGUUAUACAUGACACCCUCCGUCUCCGAUCUUCUCGGCUAUGAACCUCAUGAACUACGAGGUCGACCCUCCAUCGAGCUGGUUCAUCCAGAUGAAAUGGCGCGUGUUCGGAAAUUGCAUUACGAUACCAUACGACAGGAUAAAGCCGCGUGUCUCGUAACUAUCGUUCAUAAUGUCACCGUUGGGAGUGUUAGCUUUGCCAACUCGGGUUCAAAGGCCCUUCAUAAUGCGUCAACUGCUCAAGAGAUAACUGUCAUUAGCCCGACUCCGGAAUUAGAGUUUCGCCGUUGGCAUGAUCCGUCACCUAUGCCCCCAAUACCAAUACCUGAAUCUCUUCGCAGAUCUUUCGACGGUUUGGACGAGGAUUCUUCACCUCCUCCAGAGUUAGAUGAGGACUCAUUCACGUACGAUCCUCUCCCUUCGCAAUCAUUCCGCACAGCGUUCAUCCUGGAUCGGUUCUCGGUUCAUUGUACAAUUUUGUACUGCUCCAAUAAUCUUCUGAUUACGGCCAGCAAUAUCGAAAAACGAAGUUUUUUCGACUUCGUGGCUAAGCAGGAUGAAAUUACGGUACGAACUUGGAUUGAUACUGUGAAAGGCUGGGGAGUCAAUGAACGAGGACAACCCAGUGAUGGCGGUUUUGGGUUUGGAAAAUUCAAACUGCUAGUAGAAGGACGAGACUAUAUAGCUGGUGAUAAUCGCCCUCCUGAAGCUACCCCUGCUCGUCAACGGCAUGGCUCCAGCUACUUAUCCCACACUCGCGUCAGACAAGGCAGAAGUAAUGGGCGUGGACACGGGUCAGCAGUGCUGCCAUCGCGCACUGCUUCGUCUCCGGAAGGCGAAACGGUCAUUGUGGAUGCGAUUUUUUCCGCUCACUCCGACGGCCUGGUCGUCAUUCUUCGAAGGGGAACACAAAACUGA